GUCAAGGUUAUCGGGAUGACCCAUGGGUAUCACGUCGCGAUAUUGGCUUGUACUUCACAUCAACCAGUACGACCUUCCGCGGUGAAGCGAUGGACAACGCAGACUGUGCCAGAUUACGCUAGCUUACACCUCAACUAAUGGACACUAGUCAUUGUAUGUGGCAUUCGGCUUUUCUCAGGUUGCCACCGGGUAGUGAGUCUAGACUGGACCCAAUCAUGGAAGGGAGAGCCAUGCCGGAUUCGAUGAUAGCAUAGCUGGUGUAUGUAAACCGACUUUGAGCUCGAGUGCAGUCUUAUGCCCAAGUGAUAGACUCGCAGAUCGCCAGUCGGUAAGAUUUGAGCUUCAACGAAUCUCUCAAGCACACACACACAUGCAUUCGCCAUGAACUCCAUGAUGAAUGUAGUUUUCGGUUCCGGUUACCAGGACGCUAUCUUCUGCGGCCUUGGACUUCUGUGCGGUUUUGCUGUCCAUCGGGGAAUCUUCAUCCAUGGCGAAUGGCACGUACAGGCACCUCAGAUUCUGUUGGGUCACUUGUGGCUCUUUGCUUGUUUCGCAGGUCUGAGCAGAUACUACGGUGGCACUACGAUCGGGGAGCUCUCUCGUUCGCUGCUGAUUCUGUCUUCCGGAUAUCUUCCUGGCCUCUUUGCCAGCAUCACCUUAUACAGAGUCUUUUUCCAUCAGCUCAGCACCGCCGGCUUCAAGGGUCCGUGGUACGCCCGCAUCACGAAGCUCUGGCAUGUCUGGGCCUGCAGAAACUGCAAGAACCACUUGGUCUUGGAGAGUUUGCAUGAGCAAUAUGGAGAUUUCGUGAGGACAGGACCCAGUGAGAUCACCGUCUUCCACCCGGGAGUCUUCAUGGCUGUGGAUGGUCCCCGAUCCGAAUGCAUCAAGGCCGAGUGGUACGACAUUCUGCACCCCGACAGAGCGCUCGUUACGACACGCGUCAAGCCUAUCCACGCUGCUAGGCGCCGUGAGUGGAACUAUGGUUUCUCGGCACAAGCCCUCGUCCAGCACGAGACGAAGAUCCUCAAGUGGAUUGAGCAGCUCGACAUGUGCAUCGAGGCGAAUGCCAAAGCCAAUGUCCCUUCCGAAGUUCGCGACUUGUUCUUCUGGUUCGGUUUCGACGUCAUGGGCGACUUUGUCUUUAGCAAGUCGUUUGACAUGCUGCACCAGCAGCAGUGGCAUCACAUCAUUGUGCGGCUGCAACGCGCCCUGUCUCUCCUGGGCCCGUUCAGCCCGGCUCCAUGGCUGAUCCAGGUCGGCUUCAAGCUCGGUCCACGGGUCAGCGUCCUCAAGGACUGGUUUGACAUGGUUGCCUGGUGCGAGCGACAGAUGCGUGUUAGACUUGACCCUGCGACCCCGAAGGCGGGCGCGCCGGAUCUCGCCCAUUACCUGAUGGAGCUUCACCACGAUCAGACUGAGCAGCCUGACAGCUUGACGUGGAUUUUCGGCGACAGCCUGCUUGCUAUUGUGGCUGGAAGCGAACCUACAGCUGCCGCUCUCAUCGGCGUCUUUUGCGAGAUAGCCAAGCACCCGGAGCAUGCCGACAAAGUCUACGCGGAACUGGAAGACGUCGACGUGACCAACCUGAAGGUCCUCACCAGCCUCCCUCAUCUCAACGCCGUCAUUAACGAGGGUCUCCGUCUGUACCCCGCCCUCCUCACGGGCGGGGCCAGGAAGACGACGGAAAACGGGGCGGCGAUCGGUGGGACGUUUAUACCGCCUAACACGACCAUCAUCGCCCCGCGCCACGUGAUAUCUCGAAGAGAGGACUGUUUUGAGAAGGCCAAUGACUUCGUCCCCGAGAGAUGGACCACCAAGCCGGAAAUGAUCCGCAAUGCAGCAGCUUUUGCGCCAUUCGGCACAGGUCACCACAGCUGCCUGGGACGCUUCCUUGCCACAGACACCAUGCGGUUCGUUGUUGCGAGGCUGAUCAAGAAGUACCACAUCCGCCUGGCACCAGGAGAGACGGGAAACCGCGUCUUUGACGAAAUCAGGGACCAGUUUACAUCAAACCCGGGACCCUUGUCUCUGUGUUUCGAAUUGAGAUGAGCGGGCUACGUUACGUGCAGAAACCUAAACACACAUGCAUAAUAGCUUAUAUACUGAACCGCCGAAGGGUUGAACAACCUCCACUAGUAAUGCGAUUUUAAAUCACCUGGACGUGGUUUGUUCCUUCGUGCUGCAUGUCUCCAAAACGCUGAUUCAUUGAGCGAUGAAGUGCUUUACCCCUACGAUUCAUUGAGUGGGUACUUUACUGCUUGCUACUGCUACAACAUGAGCCC